GCAUACUUAUAAGCUAGUAUUCGUAUUGGCUUGUUGCUUCUGCAUAACCUCGAUCAAGCGAUGUAACUAUAGUCGCAGUGUGAAAAAUAUUUACAAGUAUAUGAAGAUCAAUUAUUAUAAGAAAAGUCGAAGAUGAAUUCCGGAGUCACAAACAGAGUUAUAACAAAAACUCUUCGCCAUCAUUGCCGGCAAAUUUUAUCUCCGCAAUAUGAUAUCAACAAAAGUAGUAGUGCUUAUCACACAGUGAAUUUUCGCAAGAAAAAUGAAAAUCGCAAUCACUGUCAUUUUCCUCUUUCACAACAUCUUUCGCAGAAAAAUUUACUCUUUGGAUCGUCGCCGAUUCAUUUGAGUUUUCAAAGAAAUUUUGCAAGCGAGAUAAAAGAUUUUGAGAAAAUGUUCAAUACUGCUGUGACUGCAAGUAAAGAACUGAUACCUGCUGAAGAGGCUGCAAAAAUUGCAGGCUCUGCUUUACCAGAAUUUGCAAAAAGUGUUGCGGAUUGGAAGAUAGUGCAUCUGGCUCAGAAUACGCUUUUGAACAUGCAUGACUUUACUGGGUUGCCGUGGUGGGCAUCGAUUACUCUGUCAGCUUUAAUGGCUAGAGCUGUUAUCACGUUGCCUUUUUCUCUAAUUCAGAUGCAUAAUACAGGAAAAUUACAAUCGAUUCAGCCAGAGUUGGAGCAAUCCAUAAAGCUCUUGAAAAAUGAAGCCAAUAUUAAUGUUUCGUAUCAUGGUUGGCCAGAGAAGCUUGCAAGACAACAUUACACAUUAGCAGUCAAAAAGGAAUGGUCUGAUUUAGUCCAGAGGGAGAACUGCCAUCCUGCAAAAUCCUAUAUACUUGUGCUGAUUCAACUACCUCUUUGGUUUUCUUUUUCAAUUGCCACUAGAAAUCUAUCGUACAUGUUACCUCACCCAGAUGUUAGUGCACAGAUAACUUACAUGGAAAUGGUGGUUGGUGGCUUUGGAUGGGUGAAAAAUCUUACAGAUGUUGAUCAUUUUUUGAUUCUACCUGUUACAUUAGGACUGCUAAAUUUGGCCGUACUGGAAACACACAACAUGUUCAGGGUUGGAGAGCCAACAAAAUUUGAUAGAUGGAGAAUGAACCUUUUCCGUUUCAUCAGUGUAGCAUUAGUGCCUAUUGCUGCUUACAUGCCUGCGGCAACAAAUAUCUAUUGGAUAACGAGCAGUAGUUAUGGUUUGAUGCAAGCCUUCCUGCUGAAUUCGACGCGCUUGCGGCGAUUUCUCGGAGUUGCCAUACUUACCCCCGAGAUGGAACAUCCCUAUAGACACUUUUACAAAAACCUAAAGUCAAGGCUGCGCCUCGCGUAGAAAUGAGCAAGGCAGAGAGAGGAAACAUCAAUCGAUCGAGAGAGCGAAGUGAUGCCUUAUCCCGGCGACUGUACAAAGUAUCAAAAUUGCGAUUACAGCGGUUGCUUCGUCUUCGACUGUGCACCCGGCACCGAGUUCAACCCAAAAAUCAACGUUUGCGAUUACCCACUGCUCGAUCGCAAUUCGUGUGGCAAGCGGGCCGCGGGUUUUGCCGCUGGUAAUAACAGUCCGUCAGCUGGAAACGGUUCCUCGGAUGACGGGGACUACGGCGGUGAUGGAGAUGACGGAGACAAUGACGGUGAUCAGGGUGGAAACCAAGGGGGCCGCGGUUGCAGCCAAGGACGAGGUCCUUGCAAUCAAGGCGGUGCCGGCGGUUGCAGUGGAGGAAAGACCGGUCCCUGCAAUUCUCGUCCAGGAGGUAACCGCCCAGGAGUCAGUCCGGGAAAAUCGACAUACCAUCCUGGACCUCAAGGCGCGGGUUCUUCUGCAUAUCCAGGAGGUCAAGGUGCGGGCAGUUCUCAUCCAGGAGGUCAAGGUGUAGCCAGUCCCUAUCCAAAACUUCAAGGAGCAGGUAGUCCUUACCAAGGAGGUCAAGGUGCAGCUAGUCCCUAUCCAAAACUUCAAGGAGCAGGUACUCCUUACCAAGGAGGUCAAGGUACAGGCAGUCCCUAUCAAGGAGGUCGAGGCGCCGGUAAUCCUUAUCCAAGUGGCCAAGGUUCAGGCAGCCCGUCAUACCCAGGAAGCCAAGGUCCCAACAGCGGUGGCUGUGACGGAUCCUGCAAUCGUCCUGGAAAGAGAGGUCCACCUCGCGGUGGCAACCUUCAACAACCUAUCAGUGGUCAAUAUCCCGGAGGACAAAGUUCCGGUAACGCGCAUCCAGGAAACGGCGGUGGUGGUGGCCCCGGUGCUGCGUAUCCCCCACCGAACAGCAUCUGCAACUAUAAAAAAUGAUUUAGUCAGAUGAUUUUGAGUAUUGCGAUUUUGUUGUAUGAAUCGAGCAGCUGGAGACGAAGUGACCACGCGGACUCAUCGAGUAUACAUAUACAUAUAUACAUUUGUAAUUAUUAGAUAGUUAUAUAAUGUGUAAAUAAAUUAUUGACCUUUUUGAGAUAAA